AUGACAAGUCCGGAUUCGACUACAACGUCUUACUCAACAGACAACAAAGGACCUGGAAUCAUUGUUGCGAUAUGUAUCAUUGUCGGUAUCAGCACUCUUUUCGUCGCCAUGCGGCUGUUUGUCCGCAUCAAGAUUCUUGGACAAACCCAUUUGGAUGAUCACCUUACUGUUCUUUCUCUGCUCCUCAGCUACACGACGAUAGCUCUAGAAAUUUGGGCCAUUCGAUGUGGUAACGGUCGGCAUGCGAAUACCCUUUCUCAAGAACAGCAAUCCGCAGCAAUCCUAUCCACAAUAUCAGGAUUUACUCCAAACGUCCUCGCAUACACUAUACCGAAGUUUGCCGUCGUGGCACUCCUCGUGAGGAUAUUGAAUCCAGGAAGGAUGCAUCAAGUACUGCUCUGGGGCAUGGCGACCGGGUGUCUGGUGCUGGUGUCCCUCUGCAUCAUCAUUCUCUUUGCUCAGUGCACCCCUACUCACGCUCAAUGGGACUUCAAAGUGACUGAAAAGAGCUGUUGGAGUCCAUGGGUUCUUGUAAACGUCGCGAUAUUGACAGGAGCAUACUCCGCGGCGCUUGACUUAUACCUUGCAGUUUAUCCAGCGACGGUUUUGAUGAGGCUUCAGAUGAAUAUCAAGAAGAAAGUGAUCCUGAGUACUGCUCUUGGGAUUGGAUCGAUCUCUUGCUUCAUCUCCAUUUACAAAAGUACAAGACUACCAUCUCUCGCCAGCGAAGACUUCACGUAUGACAGUGCGGAGCUUGUUGUGUGGACCAUUGUAGAGGGCAAUACUCUUAUCAUUGCUGCCUGCAUCCCAAUUCUCGGGCCUCUCGUAGAACUGGCUCUUGGGCGACGCGUCCUAAGUUCAACAGAUCGAAAAUAUCAGAAGCAAAGUGACCCAAUGGGAUUGCAGUCGGGUGGAAUUGAGAUGAACGGGUCUCGGUCAUUUCCAAGGGACGGAAACGUCGUCGGCAAAACAAUGACAACUAUAGGUUCGCGAAUUGACAUGGAAGGUGGGAGUAGUCAAGAUAGUAUUGUCGGGGCGGAGACUGGACCGAGCUCUAGAGUUACAGGGAUCACGAGGAGACAGGACAUCACGGUGGCUUAUGAGAGCGAACGCGCCGUUCGUGAUCAGGGACAUAAAGACAACAUGAAGCCAGCAAAUUGGGAUUCCUUCUGA